GUCAAUCAAAUGAAUUGACAGGCAAUUAUAMGUAAAUCAUUGGUGGUUUUAAUAACUAACAUAGUGCAAUGACUCCAUCGGGUUAAUUACUCGUGUCCACUGUGAAUGUUAUCGAUGAAACGCGACGRUUUYAGGUCAUUUCUAUAGUCCUCGAAAGGCCAACUACUAUACGUUACUGGCAUACGAUCUUUCAAUAUGGUUUUGCUUACAAACGCUGUUCGRGAGGGAAGGGCGCACCAAGUAAAGCUCCUCUUGAAGGCAGGAGUGAACGUCAACUUGGCGGACAAAGACGGACAGACAGCACUUAUUCACUGUUGUUUUUUAGAAGAUCCUAAAGUAAGAAUGACAAUAUUGAAGUUGCUGGUGUCUUAUGGAUGUAACGCGUCUAUAAGGGAUAAGUACGGUCGUGGAAUUGUCUCGUGGGCUUGUACUUUAGCAAGAGUCGAUGUACUUUCUUACUUAUUGAACGAUACGAACAUUGAACUUGACUUUAACAAUGUCGAUAACGAUGGUAGUACUACUCUCCUUCUUGCUGUAAUGUCUGGUUGCCUGGAAAUGGUUCAAAUGGUWUUAAUAAUGGUCUUAAAAACCAGUACCAUGGGCCAGAUYCAUCGUAGUAACAACGCAGGAAUGUGCCCGUUGCUAGCUGCUUUUAGUCGAGGAGAUAAAAAGUGCGCUCGAUUGUUGAUUAAGGAUGGGGGUUCUCCACUCUCAAGUGUCAUCAAAUACCUCCAAGAACAAGACGAGUUCGACCCACCUAAAUCUCAUCCAUUUUAUGAUUUUAUUACUAAGAGUCSUGACCCGGAAAGCGGGUUAGAUAAUCGUGGAGUCCUUUCCGAAAGGGAUCUUUUACAAUUUCUGUUUGCUAAAGAUGACACAUCGACUCGUGCAAACAAAUCAAGAACGUCACUAAGCUUAAAGACAAAAUCAAAGACUAUGAUCGAUUUCUGCUCGACUAAAUCUACGGUUGGUUUAAUUACAAGGAAUUCAUGCGAUCUUCCAGAUAUUACAGAUAGCUCAUCGGAAAUUGAUAUGACAUCUCAKUCUCUAGACGCAGGCUUAAAGAUUUCUUUUAGAAAGUAUUAUUCAAGUCAAGAAUCAGUGUUACAACUGUAUGAUCUUUACGCGCACCAGCUAACGCCUUCUUACAGGGAGGGUCUGCCCUUGAGAAGGUAUAAGACACCAAGUCCUCCACCACCACCCCGAAAGGAAUCUCGUUCUCACAGAAACAGURUCCARUAUGAGAUGAAAGCGACCAAACGAGGUUCAAUAUCAUCUAGUAGCGGUAGUUAUGCAUUGGAAUCAGCAUUUGACAGGCAAAUGAGACAAAGGUACUCGCGCACCAAUAGAGCUGCUAGUAUGCAGGUUGCUAAGCUACCACCRAUUCCUGUCCAUCUAAGAAAACUAAAGAAAACCAAGUCUUCGACGUCACUUAAAGUACGCACAAAUUUGACAUGAUUAGCCAUUGUGGGGAAAAGAGAUUGAACUGACACUGAACUGCCACGAAAAGUGAUGCUGCUAGAAUGGGUAAUCAUGGAUGGGAAUUAAUAAUUAUCAAUYAAUCAAAAUAUUAUCAUUUCUAAUAAGCAGCCGUGCUGAUGAAUGCGAUGACUACAUAAAGUGAACAGCAAUGGCAGCAAGUGUAAACAAUACAGUUAUAUUGUUAUUUAUCUAAACAACUUUGAUUGACAACCACGCAUUAAUGGUAUUAACGUUGUUUAACUGAAAAGGAUUAACGCAAAGUUGAUUGAAAAUAUUCAUAUUUAAUUCGAUGCUACUACUGAAGAGAUUAAAGUUAGAUAUUUUUGUUCG